AUGAAGAAGCUGUUCCGGAGUUCCAAGUCUACCACCCAAGCACCAACGGACGGCUCGGGAGACAAAUCCGACGUCAGGUCAGAUGUGAAGAAAGAAAAGGAGACGAAGAAAAAGAAGUCUAAACCUUCCUCGUUAUCUAGCAAGUCUCUGUCGAACGCCCAGAGUAACUACCUUGCCGUAUCCAACAUUCCGCAGCUUGCGAGAGCGUCCGAUGCUGAAGCUCUUGCUACCGCCCUUGCCGCUGAGGUCGUCGCUGACAAUGCAGACGCGGGUAUACCGGUUUUACUGAAAAGCAACCAUUCGACUCCUCAGCCUGAUACUGUAACAGCCCCCAGAAAUCGAAGGAGGAGUUCUGUUCUGAAGCAACCGGGCGUGGUCCGACUCAAUUCCAUCAGCAGUGAAGGCGAGGACGACGAGCCUUCACUCGCUUCACCACCACUCUCUCCCAGAUCCAACAGUGUCACCUCUCAAGGCCGCCCCAGGGUACAUUUCGAUGUCGCUGAAAAGAUAAUCCUUGAGGCGCAGUGGUAUUCGCACCAGCAGCGCCUUACAAUAACUUCUGGGAAUUUCCUUCAUUUCGAACGACCGCCCACAACGAAUUAUAGAUUCUCUACAACAGCCGAGUCGAUACAUACGAAAGGCACCCUUCUACAACUUAUCACAGCUGCGAGCGGCGACGACGAUAAAAACACUUGGGAUAGCACGACAGGGUUGCCCCUCUACGCAGCCCGUUACUACAACCCCAAUGUGGCUUUGGCAGAUCGUACAAUAUACUGGGAAGCCCAACUUCGCUCUCUGGGAUUUUCUAAAUUCUCAAGCGUGGAUAAUUCAGAAGGAAGCCCUGUUUCUCGGACUGCAUCCUCCGGUAAACCUGUUAGCAGCCCUCCAAGUUCACCGAAGCCGGUCACCGCACCUUCCGGUGAAGAUGGCUUGGCAGAUUUGGGACUUUCUCGUUCGAUAUCGCAUACGCACCCGAUAUCUAGUCGACCUACCGGCGCUGCCAUCGCGAUUGGGUUUGUGGUAAAAUCCGUCACCCCUGACACGGUUCCUUUCAUCCGACGACGGUCCUCUCUGCGUCCAAUCGACGAGUUCCCUUUUCCCUGCUCCACCGCCGGGGACGGUAUCUUUUGGUCUUCUGAAAACGGUGGAUUGAUAUACAUCGACGGCCAUCCGACCAAACAUAGCCUCGCUGCUGGAGUGGGCGAUAUUGUAGGAAUUGGCAUUACCUACAAAGUUGACCUCGAGAAAGAGCCCUCGAACGGUACUACACCGGUUCCUACACCUCCUACGACACCACCACCGAUCUCCCAAAAGGAGUCUAAGGAGUUAUUCCGUCGAAAAUCUUCUGCAACGAACGGGAAAGAGGAAGUUCCUUACGCCGAACCCAAGGAUCUGCAACCCGUCCCUACCGAAGUAUUUUUCGUCGUCAAUGGAGUAAAAAAGCUGACAAUUUCCCACCCGCAUGGUGCUAAUAACCUAUUCGAAACACUUCUGCCGGAUUACUUUUUGGGCAUCAACGAUAUAUUCCCUUGCAUAUGUGUUCAGGGCGCAGGUAUCGAAUGCAAGACUCGAAUCGGACAAGCCGUCACAUGGCGGGGUGAGGGCGGCUCCACAGAACCGCCCGUCGAGGAAGCCAAACACACAGAAGCUAAGGAAGUCGCGAAGGAGACACCAAAGGAGACACCCAAGAAAAGCGGAAGGUGGUGGUCCCACCUAGGACACCACAACAAUUCGUAG